UUCCUUGGUUGUUACGAAAAUAAUAAAACAGAAUUGAGUUGUGCAUGUUGAUGUUCCCAUCCAAUCGGGAGCUCGACUUCCACCAUAUGGUAGCCCCAGAGCGCCAACAAGGGGUGCACGAUGUCCUACACGCGCUCGUACCACAAUUUCGAGCUGUUUGUUUUCGGGUUUUUCGGCAAUGCUCUCUCCCCCAUAGACGGGGUAAAUUGCAAAUUGGCCCCGGCGAGAACAACGCGGUGCGGCGUGUUAGAAAAGAUCACGGCAAGGUGUCUACCAUUAGGCAUUAGUGUUUCGGUGACUGUGACCAAGUGUGGUGCAUCCCUUUCGAUCGUCCCGAUGCCAAGAUGUUCUUCCUGAUGAUAGAUCCAGCGAAGUUGGCGUUGCCGCUGCUGUUGACGCUGAGUUACGGAAGUUCUGUACUGGGAAAUGGACUAAUACGGAACGACUGCGUGUGUGAUCCUCUGAAUGCUGUGCUUGAUUCGUUGCCGCUGAAUCGUGAACGAACAGAUCAACUACUAGAAAUGGAUGGCUAUCAGGGCAGAGCACACAGAGUUGUUACACAGGAUGGCUACGUGCUAAAAGUGUACCAGAUUUGGCGCGAUCAACAGCCGGCGGUGAACUCAACGCGUGGAGUGAUCUUUCUACAGCACGGAAUCAUGCAUUCCUCAGCGGAUUGGUUAGUUCUGGGACCGGGUCGAUCGCUCGCCUACCAGUUGGUAGAUCUCGGAUACGACGUGUGGCUUGGGAACAGCAGAUCUACGAUGAACUCGCAUCAGCACGAAAAGUUCUGUACCUGUUCAAAGGAGUUCUGGGACUACAGUUGGCACGAAUUCGGCUUCUACGAUCUGCCGGCGAUGAUCGACACGGUCCUGAACGAGACCCAGCAAGCAAGACUCCGGCUGGUAGUCUACUCGGAAGGCGGAGCAGUUGCCAUGGUCAUGCUCUCGACCCGACCCGAAUACAACGAUAAACUGGUGGCGCUGGACGCCAUGGCUCCGGCAGCGUUCGUCUCCAACACCUGGUACCGUUACCUGGCUCUACCGUUUGCCAAGAUCCCGAAAGUUUUCCGGUCGGCCUACGCAAUUUACUCCACCAACGAAGUCACGGUAGAGGCCUGCCAGAAGGAGUACCGAAUCUGCUCGGACCUGUAUUUCCAGUUCCUGAACGGCGAGAGUGUCGGCAUGAACCGGUCCUGGGUGGAUCGAAUCUACCAGGCCAUGCCGGCCGGCGGUUCCGUCAAGGAGGUCCUCCAUUACGUCCAGUUGAUCUGGACUCGGAAGUUUGCGCCCUUUGACCAUGGGCCUUCGAAGAACCUGCGGCUGUACGGACAGCGGACACCGCCGGAGUACGCGCUGGAUCGCGUAUCGGUACCGGUCAACAUCCACUACGGGCUGCGGGACAAGAUUGUGGAUCCGGUGGGGGUGAUGCGGUUGGGUUCUCGGUUGAUCAAUAGUCCGCGGGUUCGGAUGAGGCCGUACGACGAGCUGCAGCAUUCGGACUUUAUUUAUGGCGAUGCGGCUUACGAGAUGGUGUACAAAGAUGUUCUGAUGUGGAUAACGGAAUAAAGGUGAUAUAGGGUUAUAGGGA